AUGACUCACAAGACUCGUGCUGUUAUUGUUGCAGCUCAAAGAACACCUAUUGGCUCCUUCCUUGGAAAACUCUCAGGUUUUGAUGCUCCUAAAUUGGGAUCAUUGGCCAUUCGUUCCGCAACUCAAAAAGCUGGAGUUGCUCUUUCCGAAGUGCAAGAAGUCAUCAUGGGUAAUGUAGUCUCAGCAAAUUUGGGUCAGGCACCAGCUCGUCAAGCAAGUAUUCAUGCUGGACUUCCUGAUAGUGUUAUUUGUACAACCGUGAAUAAGAUGUGUGCAUCGGGAAUGAAAGCAGUCAUGUACGGAUCGCAAAACAUUGAAUUGGGCAUUCAUAAUUGUGUGGUUGCUGGUGGUUUUGAAUCCAUGUCCAAUGCUCCAUAUUAUAUUCCUCAAGGCCGAUCAGGCUAUCGAUUGGGUGAUGGUAAAUUGGUUGACUCCAUUCUCAAGGAUGGUUUAACUGAUGCCUAUAAUGGAGAGCAUAUGGGUUGGUGUGCCGAGCAAACAGCCAAAUUAUAUGGAAUUACACGUGAAGAACAAGAUGCCUAUGCCAUUGAAUCCUACAAAAGAGCUACUGAAGCCAAUGAAAAGGGAUACAUGUCCGGAGAAUUAUUCUCCAUUGCAUUGCCUUCAAAGAAGAAGGGUGAGCAAACUCAAUACAUUCAACUCGAUGAGGAGUUUUCAAAUAUUAAUUUGGAAAAGGUCCCACAAUUGAAACCAGCAUUUGUUAAGGAAAAUGGUACAGUCACAGCUGCCAAUAGCUCAAAACUGUCAGACGGUGGUGCUGCUUUGAUCUUGAUGAGUGAAGAAAAAGCCAAGAAAGCAGGUAUAAGACCAAUUGCAAGAAUUUUGGGAUAUGGAGAUGCGGAAAAGGCUCCUAUUGAUUUCACAACUGCACCAUCCUCGGCCAUUCCAGUCGCUUUGAAGCAUGCUGGAGUUUUGCAAAGUGAUGUGAAUUUGUGGGAAAUUAAUGAAGCAUUCAGUGCUGUUGCUUUGGUCAAUAUGAAACUUUUGGGCUUGGAUGUCAAUACUGUCAACAUUUUCGGAGGAGCUGUUGCCUUGGGACACCCAAUUGGUUGUAGUGGUGCCAGAAUUCUCUGUACUCUUAUUAGUGCUUUGAAACACCGAAAACAACAAGUGGGUUGUGCUGCCAUUUGUAAUGGAGGUGGUGGUGCUAGCUCUGUCGUCAUUGAAUUGCUUUAA